CACAAAUUGAGAGCGCCAGAGGUGCGUACUUGAAUCAUGUGUACAUGAUUAGACUGCGUUAAUGAUUAUUAAAUAUUAGCCACUGUUAGUUAUCACUAUGGCUGUGAUAUUUUUUGGUUGCCUGUUACCGGUUAUGCGACACUCCGAAAACUGUUCGGUAAAGCAAGUGGUUAAGAUCACUAUGAGAUACGGCUAUGUUUUUAUCAAAUUCAGACCUAUGUUUACCACACCAAUGUAUAAGUCAUACCAAUACCGUGUAUCUCAUACGUUGAGAGACGCUCUUAGAGGAGCCGAAGAAUCAAUUUUUCAGAAUACCAAGCAAAAAAAGUAUGCGUUUAUGAUCUUUCGGAAAUAUUAAAAAAUUCGGAUGGCUAGGACCAUACCAAAAGCAGUUGCUUUAAAGGAGAGUAUUUAGAAUUUGACAUACUUGAAUAAGUUCAAAUUCAAAAUUGUAUAAUCUGAAGUAGCGCAGUCACUUUUAUAACGUUUUUCUUAGUUUUCUUAGGUUUCACUCAUUGGAGUCACGCACUGAAGCAUUUUUUCGAAGGCAGAACGACAAUCAGCGAUUCAAAUGGAAGCUUCUUUCUUUACGCUAGUUGAGCUGAGUGAGUGAGCGCUGACUGUAAAGUUAUCAUGCUUAUGAGCGAGCGAUAAGGUUGACAUGAAUGUUUGAGUGAAAUCGUGCCAGUGCAGGUUGACCUCGCUACCAUGGAGUCCAUCAAAUAGUACUCGACAUCAGUUUCUCCAGUUUCAAAACAAACACCACGAGCUUUGACUCCGGAUAGUUAGUCGCUCGCUCGGGCCACUUUCGUUUAAAUUAGUACAGAAGCGCGCGCAGAACGGACAACACUUGUCGUGAUAAGCUCUUUGUUUUCGUGCUGUUCUAGAUACGAAGUGCAUACAAAUGCUAUUAAAUACGGGUAUUUUCAGUGUCAUAGCGCACUGCCGAAGAGCAAAAGUAAACUGUAAUUUCACGAAAUUCGCAGCUUAUCAGACACAAGUAGAUAAGCGCAGUUAUUCGGACUUAGCUUAUUUUCAUCAAACGGGCAAGGAGCCUUUGCAGUACAGCACCUUUGGAGCGCUGAUUCAGGAAGCCGCUGCGAAGUAUGGAGAUCGCACUGCGCUCAUUUCGUGCUAUGAAAACAAGCGUUACACCUUUGCAGAGGUCAUACAUGAAGCCGGAAAGCUUGCGGUAAAACUUCAAGGACUCGGCAUGCAACGACAGGAUGUUGUGGGUCUCUGGAUCACAAACAGCACACAAUGGUACAUUAGUUACUUGGCUGCACAGCUGGGCGGUUAUAUAACCGCUUGUAUAAAUCCGGCGCUACAGGCGCAGGAACUCGACUAUGCGCUGACGAAGGCCAAAGUUCAUACGCUAAUAACAACGGAACAGUGCGGCAAGCAGAAUUUUUAUAAGAUUUUGAAAAGUUUACUUCCUACUGCCGGUGCAGCUGUGCCUCACGCGAUUGAUACUACUCAAUUUCCGCAUUUACGGCACGUCAUCAUAGCUGGCAAGUCCUCUUCGGGGGAGUUCACAAAUUGGGCUGAAUUGCUUUGUGAACCGUCUUCAACGGAAGUUAAACUUAUAGACGAGUUAAAUGAAAAUGUUCGAAAUAUUAAGCCGGAAAACGCGAGUAGUAUACAAUUCACUUCAGGAACCACUGGUAAACCCAAGUUAGCGGUACUCAGUAACUUCAGUUUUCUCAAUCAAGGAUAUUAUUUCGGUAGGGCCUUGAAGUUGCAUAACGGUCACAAGCAUAUAUGUAUGACAUUACCUAUGUUCCACGUUUUCGGUUUGAGUGUGGUGAAUGCUGCCGUAAAGCAUGGCGCUACAUUAGUACUGCCCAGCCCAACGUUCGAUAGUAAGGCGGCACUGGAAAGUAUCGCCAACGAAGGUUGCCACCUCAUAUUGGGCACUCCAACGAUGUAUGUGGGUAUGCUAGAAGAGCAGAUGGUUUCGAAGCAAGCGACUAACACAUUAGAGUUGGGCAUUGUGGGUGGUGCGGCUUGUUCACCCGAGAUCUACGCACAAACAAAGAAGAUAUUUAAUUUAAAAGAGUUCCUGGUGGGAUAUGGUAUGUCGGAAGCAUGUGCAGCAUUCUUCACACAAGAGGGCACUGAGAGCGUGGAGGAAGCAAGCCAAACGAUUGGACGCUUGUACGAUCACGUUGAGGCAAAAGUGAUCAACGAUAAAGGUGAGGUGGUUAAAUUCGGCGAGUUGGGGGAAUUGUGCGUUCGCGGUUAUGUGGUAAUGACCGAAUAUCAAGACGAUGCGGACAAAACGAAGGAAACACUAGAUAAACAUGGCUGGCUCAAGACAGGUGACAAAUGUAUACUACAAUCCGACGGCGUGGCGCGUAUUGCUGGUCGUAAUAAAGAUAUGAUAAUUCGUGGUGGAGAAAACAUAUUCCCAAAGGAGAUUGAAGAUUUCCUAGACACACAUGAGGAUAUCAUAGAAUCUCAGGUAGUUGGUGUACCCGACAAGCGUAUGGGCGAGGAGAUUUGCGCUUACAUACGUUUGCGCUCUGGUGCGAACAAGCUUACACAAGAAGAUGUGAAGAAAUUUUGCCAGGGCAAAAUAGCACACUUCAAAGUGCCGCGCUAUGUUCGAUGCGUGGAAGAGUAUCCAAAGACAACCUCUGGAAAAAUCAAAAAGUACGAAUUGCAGGAGUGGUUUCAAGAGGAAUCGGAGAGUUAAAGGGUUUUCAUAAUGAAACUUACAUUCCAAAGUUAUUGAUUCAUCUAAAGUUUAUAUAAAAAAUAAAAUUCUACAAAAUUGUGCUCAAACUUCUU